AUGGCUGGAAAGUUUGAGCCCAAGACUCCCGUCGACCUCGCACCACCAAAGGACGAUCCGAUUUCGACCGAGUUCCUUUCGAAAUGCAACGGCAAGCCCCCUUUGGUUCCUCGAGAUGAAAACAGUGGUGGGUUGUGUUAUGUUGCCAUCAAGGGGAGAGUCUUCGAUGUGAGUCGCAAUAAGAUGUACGCACCUGGAGGUUCUUACCAUGUGUUCGCUGGACACGAUGCUUCCCGUGCCCUUGGUAUGACAUCCACGAAGGCCGAAGAUGUGGUACCAGAUUGGUCACCCCUUACAGACAAAGAGAAAAGUGUACUUGAGGAUUGGUUUAUGUUUUUCUCAAAACGAUACAACAUUGUCGGUAUGGUUGAAGGCGCGACAAAUCAAUGA